GCCCUGCGUAUCCAUAACAACAGAGCCUGAGCAAACCCAAAACGAUGUCGAAAAUUCCGGCGGCUCUGAAUUUAAAACAGUUUAUGCUAAGACAGGAAGUUCUCAAACUGUAUCGCACCAUAUUCCGGACGAUCCGCCAAGUACCGGAUGCUGGCACCCGGCAGGAGCUGCGCGAUUGGGCACGAUCGGACUUUCGCCAGAACCGGCAACAAACGGACGAACUGGCCAUCAAGAUGCUGAUGCAGCACGCUAACCGCACUCUCAAGGAACUGCAAACAAGCCUCGAGCUAAGCGGAACUGGGCCGCCCAAGUCCAGCAAUCGGAGCAACUGAGUUCCUGGUU